AAGACAGAGACUUUGAGAGAGAGAGAGAGAGAGAGAGAGGAGGAUUUCGUAAUUUCCAUUGAUGAUCCAUGUCGAAGAUGAAGCACCUACUAAGAAAGCUUCACAUCGGCGGUGGACUCAAUGAGCACCAGAGAUUGGCGGAGGCCCGACCCUUGACGAGUCCGAGCGCGAAUCUGAAUCUGCCAGCUUCUUCUCCGGCGUCGUCCACAGGCUCCGCUACAAUGGGGAGAAUCACCGCCGUGGAAUCGGUGAGUGAUCGGACGGCUGGUGGGGAGAGUGGUGGUAGUGGUAGCGGCGGGGGCGUGGGCGUGGAUUUCAAUUUCUUGGAGGAGGAGUUUCAGGUCCAGUUGGCCCUAGCGAUCAGCGCUUCCGAUCCCGAUUCGCGCGAUGACCCCGAGACGGCUCAGAUCGACGCCGCCAAGCGGAUUAGCCUCGGCUGCUCGGCGUCUACUGUCACCGACACUCAAGCUCCCUUCGAGAUGCUCUCGCUUCGCUACUGGAGCCAGAAUGUUGUAGAUUAUAAUGAAAAGGUGGUCGAUGGAUUUUAUGACGUGUAUGGAAUGACCACAAACUUGCUUAGACAAGGGAAGAUGCCAUUGUUGGUGGAUCUUAAAGCUGUAUCUGUCUCGGAGAAUGUUGAUUAUGACGUUAUAUUAGUGAACCGUUUGGUUGAUCCUGAUCUGCAACAACUUGAGAAAAGAGCAUCUGCUCUCUUUUUAGAGUCACGGACUUCUCAACAUGGUGUCCUUUUAAGCGGUUUGAUUCAGAAAAUUGCUGACAUUGUUGUUGAUAGAAUGGGUGGUCCAGUUGCCGAUGCUGAUGAAAUUUUGAGAAGGUGGAAAGUGAGGAGGUAUGAGUUACGGAGUUCGAUGAAAACUAUCAUUCUUCCCCUUGGACUUAUUGAUGUUGGACUUUCACGCCACAGGGCCCUGCUCUUUAAGGUACUGGCUGAUAAGAUAAACCUUCCAUGUAUGCUGGUCAAAGGUAGCUACUACACUGGUACAGAUGAUGGAGCUGUAAAUUUGAUUAAAAUUGAUAGUGGAAGUGAGUAUAUUAUUGAUUUGAUGGGUGCACCUGGAACACUAAUUCCUGCCGAGGUGCCUACUAGUCAGCUCCCGAAUUCUUUCUUUGCCAUAAGGAGCUUUCAAGAUGCCACCGAACUGCCCAAAGAUGUGUGUUUGGCCCAAGCUGAGGGCAGUGGAAUGUUAGCAGUUCCUUCUGAUCUUGACAUAGUUUCUAGAGCUGGCAGCUCACGGUCAGAAGAAGCAUCAUAUGCAGGCAUUCAAACAAAAGAUGAUAGAAGAAUUGUUGUUGACGAAAACCAAAUGGAGAGUUCUAGCAGUGAUAUGGGGACUCCCCUUAGAUCACUUCGUAAAUCAUGUGAAAGUUCAUCGGGUACAACUGAAAAAGCCACAUCUGCACAGAAAAGGAAAGUGAAAAAUGUAUCAAAGUAUGUCAUCAGUGCAGCAAAGAACCCAGAGUUUGCACAAAAACUACAUGCUGUCUUGUUGGAAAGUGGUGCAUCACCUCCUGCAGAUUUAUUUUCGGAUAUGAAUCCUCAAUAUCUGCAUGAAGACAAGUUGCUUGGUCAAAUGAAUGCAGAUGGGAAACUUGUAGAUGAUGGGAUUCAUAAUUAUUUGGUCCAAUUAUUAUCAGGCAAUGAGCUGUCCACUCAAACUGCUGCUGAAGUGAGCUAUGCCAAUUUUGAUAACUUGCUGAAACAAUCUUCCUUGGAUUUAGCUGAGCAACGAAAUGAAUCAGAGACAAACAAGUUUUCUCUUCUCUUAGAUACUGUUGAGGAGGGAUUUGUAAUCGUGUCUGGUGGAACUAGUGAAACAACCCAGAUUUGUAAUCCUGUUCUUGAUAAUCCCCCAAUGAACUCCGAAGCUUUUAACGAGUAUAAAGAAUCAGUGAGUAAGCCAAUGGACAGAUGCAAUAGUGGCCUGUGUACCAGUUGUGAUAGUCACUAUGAGAGGUAUCCCGCACUAGGGGAAGUUGCAGAGUGGGAAAUUCUAUGGGAGGAUCUUCAGAUUGGUGAACGCAUUGGCAUUGGUUCCUAUGGCGAGGUAUAUCAUGCAGAUUGGAAUGGCACUGAAGUAGCUGUGAAAAAGUUUUUAGAUCAAGAUUUUUCUGGUGAUGCAUUAGUUCAGUUUAAAUGUGAAGUAGAAAUUAUGUUGAGACUCAGACAUCCCAAUGUUGUCCUUUUUAUGGGGGCAGUUACUCGCCCUCCACAUUUCUCUAUCCUGACAGAGUUUCUUCCCAGGGGGAGUUUAUAUAGAUUGCUGCAUCGUCCCAAUUCUCAACUUGAUGAAAGGAGGCGAAUGCGAAUGGCUCUUGAUGUGGCCAAGGGAAUGAAUUACCUGCACACUAGCAAUCCUACUGUUGUGCAUCGAGACCUAAAGUCUCCAAACCUCCUUGUUGAUAAGAAUUGGAAUGUGAAGGUUUGUGACUUUGGGUUGUCACGCACGAAGCACCAUACUUUUCUGUCUUCCAAGUCUACUGCUGGAACGCCCGAAUGGAUGGCUCCGGAAGUUUUAAGGAAUGAACCAGCUAAUGAGAAGUGUGAUGUGUACAGCUUCGGUGUUAUCUUAUGGGAACUGGCUACUUGCUGCGUCCCAUGGAAAGGAUUGAACCCAAUGCAGGUUGUUGGAGCUGUUGGAUUCCAAAACAGGCGUCUUGAAAUUCCAGAGGACAUCGAUCCAGUGGUUGCCGAGAUAAUACAUGAUUGUUGGCAAACAGAGCCAAACUUACGGCCAUCUUUCUCGCAACUCAUGGUUCGCCUCCGACGCCUUCAACGUUUUGUUGGAAGAACAAACUCUACAAAUCAAAUGACUGAAUAACCCAAAAAACAAAAGAAAAAGUUGACCACCGUGUUAAUAAUGGGAAGUUGUACCUUGUCUCGAAGAGUCAGGGCGCAGCAGCAGCGCAAGUUUUUCUCGAUGCUGGAUUCGGAAGUGUUGGCUCAGUCAAAGUGGGAGCUCAGCACAACCUGUAUACCGAACAGAGUGGGAAAUCCUCCUUGAUUUUAUACUGCAUAAGGGGCAGUCGGGAGGUUCCCAUUUCUGUUGAAGAUGUUCGAUCAGUCUCUAGCAGUAGUAAUUAGUAGGUUGUAUCAAUCAAUCUACACGUAAGAAAAAAUUGUAGAAAAAAAAAAAAAAGGAAAAAGGGGGAAGAAAAGACUAAUAAGUCUUAAUUGUGUUAGGGUGGAGGUCUCAUUUGAGAAAUUGUAAACAUAUGAUCUCUGCAUAUGCUAUUGUGACAAGAAAAAAAAGAGAGUAAAUACAUUUGGAGGAAGAAGAAGAAAGAAGAAAUAAUUUCUUGCUUA